AGAAGAAAAAGCAAAUUCACGUGAUUGAGAAGAAAGACUUGUGAUUUAGCGGUAGGUGAGUUUUUUGUCGUUGCAUAAUCCCAUUAUCAUGGUUUGAUUUUCUCCCGCGUGGUCCGUGGAGAUGGAGCUGUUGCUUUAACCAACCCCAUGGCCUGACUGACGGUGAGAAGAAGCGCAGCAGGUCCAAGUCCAGCCCCAUCGGUCCUCAGAUGGUAGGCCCGGCGGCGUCAACCACCCCAGCCCCUUGAAAUCGCCAUUACCACCACCACCACCGCCCGCCUCAGUUAUCUGCCCUCCACCACCCAUCUUCUUCCUUCUUCUCAUUUCAAUAUGAAUUCAUAGGCUUCCCCUAGGACCCUCAAGCACCAUGACCAUGCCUCCCUCUUUCGAAGAAGGAGGCGAGAGGGAUCUGGAGAAGGGGCUGUGCCCAUCCCCGAAUCCGCAGUCGCCGUCUGCGCUGGCUCUCUCUAAUUCCGGGAAGGCUCUGGGUCCGUCGAAUUCCGGCAAGGCUCUGGGUCCGUCGAAUUCCGGCAAGGCUCUGGGUUCGUCGAAUUCCGGCAAGGCUCUGGUUCUGUCGAGCUCCGGGAAGCGGAUCGAUCAGGCUGGGAAGAAGAAGUACGUGAAGCAGGUGACCGGCCGGCAUAAUGACACGGAGCUGCAUUUGGCGGCGGCGCGGGGGGACUUGGAGGCGGUGAGGCAGAUUCUUGGCGAAAUCGAUGAACAGAUGACGGGAACCCUGAGCGGGGCGGAUUUCGACGCGGAAGUGGCCGAGAUUCGAUUGGCCGUCGUCAAUGAGGUAAACGAGCUGGGGGAGACGGCGCUGUUCACCGCUUCUGAGAAAGGGCAUGUCGAUGUGGUGAAGGAGCUGUUGCAGUAUUCAACCAAGGAAGGCGUUUCGUUGAAGAAUCGGUCUGGCUUUGAUCCCUUGCAUAUGGCUGCGAGUAAAGGUCACCAAGCCAUUGUCCAGGUUCUAUUAGAUUAUGACCGGGACCUAAGCAAAACUGUUGGCCAAUCAAAUGCAACCCCUCUCAUAUCUGCAGCUUCAAGAGGGCAUGCAGCAGUGGUUAAUGAAUUGCUGUCAAAAGAUUCUGGUCUACUGGAGAUUUCUAGAUCCAAUGGAAAAAAUGCAUUACAUUUGGCUGCUAGGCAGGGCCAUGUAGCUAUUGUAAAAGCUUUGCUUGACAAGGAUUCCCAAUUGGCUAGAAGGACUGAUAAGAAGGGGCAGACUGCUUUGCACAUGGCUGUAAAGGGGGUUAGCUGUGAAGUUGUUAGAUUGCUUCUGGAGGCAGAUGCAGCCAUUGUGAUGCUUCCUGACAAGUUUGGGAACACAGCUUUACAUGUUGCUUCCAGGAAAAAGCGGUUUGAGAUAGUUAAUGAGCUGCUACGACUCCCUGAUACCAAUGUUAAUGCACUCACAAGAGAUCACAAAACUGCUCUUGACAUAGUGGAAGGACUCCCUCUUUCUGAAGAAACAUCAGAAAUAAAGGAGUGCUUGGCUCAAUAUGGUGCGGUUAAAGCAAAUGAGCUGAACCAGCCAAGGGAUGAGCUUAGAAAAACAGUGACAGAAAUCAAGAAAAAUGUCCAUACCCAGCUUGAACAAACCCGUAGAACCAACAAGAAUGUGUAUGGUAUUGCCAAGGAGCUACGAAAGCUCCAUCGAGAAGGAAUCAACAAUGCCACCAACUCGGUCACUGUGGUGGCUGUGCUGUUUGCAACAGUUGCAUUCGCUGCUAUUUUCACAGUCCCCGGGGGCGACUUUGACAGUGGGAUGGCAGUGAUGGUGGGCACCACAUCUUUCAAAAUAUUCUUCAUCUUCAAUGCCGUUGCACUCUUCACAUCAUUGGCUGUUGUGGUGGUGCAAAUCACUCUGGUCAGGGGAGAGACAAAAAGCGAGAGGCGUGUUAUCGAGGUGAUCAAUAAGCUGAUGUGGUUGGCCUCCGUGUGCACUUCCGUUUCGUUCAUUGCUUCGUCUUAUAUCGUAGUUGGGCGGCGGAACUGGUGGGCUGCAAUUCUUGUCACGGUGAUCGGCGGAGUCACAAUGGCAGGAGUUCUCGGUACCAUGACUUACUAUGUGGUCAAGUCCAAACGUAAUCGACUGGUGAGAAAGAAGGAGAAGUUUUCAAAAAGCGGAACCACUUCUUGGCGUCACUCAGAACUCUCUGAUUCAGAAGUAAAUCCAAUAUAUGCCAUUUGAUCAAUGUGCCAUGCUUUGCACUAUGCCUCUUAUGCUCCUAAUUUUUUUCAUCUGAGAAUGAGAAACAAGAAUGCUGCAGUGAAUUGAGGUUCUGGGGUCGGGACAGGAUCAUUGUAAGUCAAUGAUUUGCUGAUUUUCCCGGAAGUGAUUGAAAUUUUUGAAGGAUAAAGGUUAAAAUACACAAGCAAGGUUUUGGUGGUUAAACCUGCGUGACGCUAGAAAGAAACGCCAGGGGCAUGUUUAAUGAAUGGUUUAGAUGGCGUAUUAAAUUAUAUGUACAUAUGUUUUCUGCAUCUGCAGCCUAUCACACAUCUGCUAACCAAAAUGAGAAAAGCAGUGACAUUUUUACUUUGGGUCAA